AUGGUGGAAGACUUCAACAACCUUCCCGAAGGUUGCAUAGCCAACAUUCUCUCCUUCACAUCUCCUAGAGAUGCGUGCAGGCUUGCUCUGGUUUCAUCAACUUUCCGAUCCGCCGCUGAAUCCGACGCUGUUUGGGACAGGUUUUUGCCUUCCGAUUUAGACACCUUAUUUUUCCGAUCUUUCUCCUUAUCUCUCCCUUCCAAGAAACACCUCUAUCUCCAUCUCUGCCAGAAACCCCUCCUCAUUGACCAUGGCCAGAAGAGCUUUCAACUGGAUAAAGUGAAUGGAAAGAAAUGCUACAUGUUAUCAGCUAGGGCUCUAUCCAUCGUGUGGGGAGACACUCCCAGGUAUUGGAGGUGGACUUCGUUUCCCGAUGCCAGGUUUUCUGAGGUGGCUGAGCUUGUGAGUGUGUGUUGGUUGGAAAUCCGGGGCCGGAUAAACACUGGCGUGCUGUCUCCUGAGACACUGUAUGGGGCAUACCUUGUGUUCAAGCCAAACCCUGGAGGAACCUACGGGUUCGAUUACCAGUCAGUUGAAGUGUCCAUUGAAAUUGCUGGAGGUGAAACUUCCAAGCGAACAGUUUUCUUGGAUGCCGACAGAGGACGGAGGCUGAGGUUCCAGAUUGUUCCUCGACUAGCUGGAAUAUUCAACGGUCCACGUUUUCUUGCCACUGUUGAGCCACCCCCUGUAGAAAAUAAUAAUAGCAGCAACAAUAAUAAUAAUAACAGUCACGAUCUUCAGUACCCAAAGGAGAGAGGAGAUGGGUGGUUGGAAGUGGAAUUGGGAGAGUUCUUCAACAAUGGAGAAGAUGACAAGGAAGUGGAGAUGGGUGUUAAUGAGACCAAGAACGGUGAUUGGAAGGGAGGCCUUUUUGUUCAAGGAAUCGAGAUAAGGCCUAAAACAGUACAACCAUAG